GGCCCAGCUGUUUUGUCCGCUCGGUUUCCGACCAUUCGUUCCGCUUCGGGCGGCGCGAGGCGAGGAUAAUGGCGGCAGCGCACGCGCACCCGCUCUCCCUCGCCGUCCUCCCGUCGUCCCCGGCUCAGGCGACGCCGCUGCCGCUCUUCCUGAGGUACGCUGCUCUCCGUCGCGGUGGGAGAUGCGGCGGAGCGACGAGGCCGCUGCGGCUCACGAGGCUGCGCCGCGGCCGAGCGGCGGUGGCGGCGGCGGGGGAAGUUGACGCGCCCAUGGAGCAGACCGAGGCCAUGAUGAGGGUGGCGGCGGAUGACGACAGCGUCACCGCCACCGUGGUGUCCGUGCUCCUGACCGUCGCGUUCGUCGGGCUCUCCAUCCUCACCAUCGGGGUGAUCUACCUGUCGGUUACCGACUUCCUGCAGAAGAGGGAGAGGGAGAAGUUUGAGAGGGAGGAGGCCGAGAGGCAGAAAGAGGAAGCGAGGAAGAAGAGGGCCAAGGCGAGGGGAAGGAAAAGAAAGUUCUGAACUUCUGAUUGCUGGUACAGCACUUCGUCUUCCUUUUCCAGUAUCGAUAUUCGACAUGUGACUUUGCAUUGGCUUGAUGCCAUUAUAAAGAGUGAUAGUCCUUUUCUCCAUAAGUUGUUCGAAUUAAUAUCAUUUCUUAUCAAUUUUUCUUAUUAUGAAUUGUGAGAAGCUGUACUAGAAGUGCCUCGUAAAUUCUGUAUCAUGAAUUCACGAUUGAAUUGUCUUGUCAACAUGGUGCAUUUCAAUGGUCAACAUGGUGCAUUUCAAUGCAAAUAAAACAAUAGCAUGUUCUUGGUCA